AGCGGCCAAUUAGCUUGUGAGACGGACAGAGAAGAAGCUGAAGGAGGUGUGCAUGCAGGUGGAGGACGAGCGCCGCCAUUCCGACCAGUACAAGGAACAGAUGGAGAAGGCCAACACUCGCAUGAAGCAGCUGAAGAGGCAGCUUGAGGAGGCUGAGAAGGAGGCCACACGUGCCAACGCCUACCGCAGGAAGCUGCAGAGGGAGCUGGAUGAUGCCACUGAGAGCAGCGAGGGUCUCAGCCGUGAGGUCAACACACUCAAGAGCCGCCUCAGGCGUGGAGGCCCCAUCAGUUUCUCCUCCAGCCGCUCAGGCAGGCGUCAGCUGCAGGUGGAGGGAACAUCGCUCGACCUCCUAUCCGACGAUGAGGUGGAAAACAAGACCACGGACGGCAAUGCCAACGAGACGCCAGCAGCUCCCCAACCAGAGUAGACGCGCUCCCUCCAGCCCACACGCAGCAAGGCCUCCGCCCCACAAACCUUACCCCUGUCCUCCUAACCCCAGACACCAGCAGUGGACCCCACUACUCUGCCUUACCCCUCUAUGACAAGCUGCAGGGCCAAGCAAAUCCAUAAUCUCCUCCUUAUGAAUAUACCGCACAUCAAGCCUUGGAUUCGUUUUUUAACAUCAAUUGCAGAUAAAAGUGCAUUUAAAUUGUAUAGGCGUCUGAGUGUGCAUCGGCACUCGAAAACAAAUAGCAGGAGUUUACCAUAAUGAUGUUAAGCUACUUCCCUGGAACAGCCAUUAGAAUCAAACAGCCCUCUAGCUAGAAUUAACCACUGUCAUUUCAGCUGGUUUACUGGCACACAGGUGGACAACUGCACACAAGUCGGUAAAAACAUGUGUCUUUCAUGAUUAUACAGUAUUGGACCAGGAUAUGUAAAACAAAGUAGCCUAAAUGAUGAUCCCACCGAAAUGUUUUCAUCAAAACCACUACUGUCAUAGAGAUACUGCAAUCCACUUAAUUUAGUAUAAAAAUAACUGUAGCAGGUUUGUAGGAAAUUAGAUUGUACCACGCCAUGUUGCCUCAGCAUUCCCCCUAUAUAUAUGACCAGCAAAAGACCCUGUUAACUUAACCAAUAUAACCUUGUCCAAUAACCCACCAUUUUAUAUUUGACAUAUCAAUCUACUUUAAGUGGUGUACGAUAAUAUGUGGAAUUAGGUUUGUCAGACUUGGAGCAAAGGCCUUUUUUUUAGACAGACAGCCCAAAUGUGUGCUUGUCAUACUAUAAUAUUGCAAUGUAUAAUUCUGGCUAUUCAGUUAUGUUUUCUGUACCAUGUACAAAAUACUUAAGUCAAAAAGGUCUCUUUGACAUCUCGUGUCACCUUAAUUUCAAUGCAUUACAAAUGGCUGAAUAAUAUUAGCAUGAUUUACAGAAGGGUAAAUCAGAUCACACCCUGACCAACCAAAACAUAGAAACAUACAAAGCAAACUAUGGUCAGGGUGUGACAGGUUCAGGGAAGAGCAAUCGAUCAAUUUGAAUAUGCACACUUGU